AUGUCAAAUAUUCUGUGCAAUACACUUCAUACUGCCCUUAAUUUACUCUCGCGAAAAGUAGGCGAGGGCCUCGCAGAAACUGAACCACCAAAGAAAUAUUGUCGGAAAUUGGCUACAUCAUUGAAUAAAUACGUAAAAGAAUAUUUCUAUGGUAAAAACCUACACAAUGCUUUCACGUUUCUCGAAACGGCUGUCAGAGACCUCGCAAUCUGUUACGAGAAUUUGGAGGGAAUUAAUAAUCCAAGCACUACCUUAGUCGACAAUCCGACUGGUGAUCAGCAUUUGAUUUAUUACACAGCUAAUGGCUCAAAACUCGAGAGAGAAUUGCGUGAAAUUAAGUCGAAAGCGAAAGAAAAGUUCGAGUUUGCCAUAGAGAACUUCCGGAAAUGCAAAGAGGAAUUGACAAAAAUAUGCGAAAAUGAAUCUCUGACUUUACAAGAAAGAAUUACUGCAAUAAAAAUACGAGUGAUUACGGAAAUUCUUGGAAAUUUGGAGGAUCUAACUGUUGCUGCUAAGAACUGUAGGGAGAUUAUCUCCGAAAUGCACGAGUCUCCGGGAAUUCGAAGCCUCUUUCGCGCUGUGCAGCCCGUUAAUACAACUCGGGCUAUUAAAUUCAAAAUGUUUGGAAGCAAACCAGUCCAAAUUAGCGAGGAAACUAAAAACAUUAGUUCAGUGAUCAACAUAAACGAGGCAGUGUUUAAUUUUAGGAAGAAAUUCCUCAGAGAAACAGUAGCUAUUUUCGACUGGCCUUGUAUCAAGGAGAAUGAAAACCCGCCAACUUUCCACCCGAUUAUAGGACAAUCACCAAUGAAAAUUGACAGAGCCAUGCUGAAUAUGCCAGAUUCCUCAACCCAGGUAGAAACUAACGGAUUGGCAAUAAAUGCACGCAUUUCUGCUAUCAGUUGCAAAGGGGAAGUAUUUGUGGUUGCAAAACACAAGGAGAAAUCAUCUGCUAUAGUGAGAAUAGUUGAUGAAGUUGUGUUUCCAUUUUGGUGCUUAAAAGAACGUUUACAAAAUUAUGAAAACGCAAGUGAAUUGGUAACCGAGCCUAGUGAAUUGGAGGAACCGGAAAAUAUACAAAUUAUCUCGAUUUGCGUGGACUGUAAUGAUUGCAAUGUUCCAAAAAAAUCUGGGGAGCUUCAUAAAGAUUGUAAAAACACAAUGUAUGUUCUUGCAGCCUACACAUCCGAAGGAGAAAGCAUUUUCAUGUUGUUUGUUGUUGAUGUACGAGGAAAGCUUUUGCAUAAAGCUGAACUGACAUGUCUGCCUCAGAGAAAUGUUUCGGUUAGAAUUAAGGGCAAGAUUUUGUGCACUAGAAAUGAGGUAGUAAUUUUUGAUAUUUAUAGGCGUCAAGUAUACCUCUGCACCAGAAGAGGAGAGUUAGAAAAACCUCUUGACAUUGCAAGACAGAAGCCUAGCUUAAUUCUAUCGACAGCAACAAUUUCAGAUGAAAAUGAAAUUGUUGUAUUGGAGAGCCCAAACAAAAUUCAUUUUUACAGCAUCAGUAAUGGAAGUUUUCUUGAUGAUCAGGGUUUCGAAGCUUGCAAUGAAGUGAAAACAAUGGCGUUUAACCAUGUCUCCAAUGAAAUAAACAUUCUUUGCAAAGAUGGUCGCAAUUCAAGAGAGUAUCACUUAAUGCGUUAUGCAAAAAGAGCUGGCGAACUGCAACAAGAUAUGAAAUUGCAAGAGGAUAGAUACAAUUUUUGGGCAAAUGCAAGUUUAAUUUCGCAUCCAAGUGGACCAGUAGUAUUGCUUGAUAAUAACAGACUACUUAACCUUCAGUAG